UUGUGUUACUAUAUAAGUACCGCAGCCAGGAGGCAGCUCGAAUGUUUUCAGUUUAAACUCCACUAGACAGUCAGCUGCGAUACAGCUUAUAGAGCAAAUGGGAAUAACAACUUGUGCUGUUUUUCUUUUCACCUGCUUACUGGGUACCAGUUUGCAGGCAGAAAAUUUUGAACGACUUAGUGGGCCCCUGUGCUCCGGCGGCCCCGGGCUGUGGCCGGUGCCCGCGGACUGCAGAGGCUUUGUCCUCUGUGUGGCCGACGCUGCGCCCUCCAAUGCGACUGCAGGUCGGCUGCUUCGCUGCCCGCCUGGCACCGCCUUCUCUGCACAGCUGCGGACCUGUGUACCUGCCUCAGAGGUAGCGGGCUGUGCAGAGCAAGCUGAUGAGAACAACACCGAUCCCGUCCACAUUCAUGUCCCUUCAAGGCAGCGUCGUGCUGAAGGAGUAGACCUGGCUGGGGCAGAGGAAGACUGCGAUGCUGGAAUCGUGGGACCAACCUGUGCUGACUGCAGCCGGCUGGUAAUCUGCGCACAACUCAAUGGCCGCAUCAUCCCCGUUGGCAGUGUAUCCUGUCCCUCUUUAGGAGGCGGAAAUACCUGUUCUACCCAGCAAAAUAGUUGCGUGCCGGAUGGCCCAGCAUGCGAAGUGGCUCCAGCACCACUGCCAUUCCGCUGCCUGGAACCUGGCAUCUUCCCAGAUCCUGAGGACUGCAUACACUACCACCUGUGUGGCACUGACCUAGGACACAUCUCUGACAAAUGUGAUGAGCGCUAUGACCCGGAGAGCAAGAGCUGCAUGGACAGUCCUGCGACUAAAGAGCCAACCACUCCUACCUCUUGCGGAGCAGCUGUGGACUGCAGCAGCAAACUGGGCGCAGUGCACGCACUGGCCCAUGCACCUGCCUACUAUGCAGUCUGCUUGCCUUCAUUAGCACCUGCCAAGGAUGGCACAAAGCCUGAGAUAACCAAUCACAUAUCAGUUCUGAGCUGCCCAGAGGGACAGCUCUUCGAUGAUAAACUCAAGAAGUGCAGACCCAGCUGUGGGAGCCGUCGUGGUCGGAUGCCUGUGGAGGGUGACUGCCGAGCUUACAUCGAGUGCACUGGUGAUCGCGCACAACCCCGUCGCCUGAUGUGUGGACCAGGACUUGCCUUCCACGCUGUUCGCCGCAUGUGUCUGCCUGAGUCUCAAGUGCCAGGCUGUUCUCAACAGGAGAGCGUCACAAGCCCUCCUCAUGUAAACCCUCCAGCUACCACAGCAACUUCGCAAACAAAACAGGUGGCAUCAUCUCCAGUUCAAGCAACAUCAGUGACACCAGCUGUCACCAACACUCAUGCACCACAGCAUCCAUUCUGCAUCACUGAGGGCCGGUUUAUAGACCAUUCAAAUUGCAGGAGGUAUGUGCACUGCUGGCGGGCCUGGGGUGGAGCUCUGACUAUGGCUUUGAGGUGGUGCCCACUGUUCACAUACUUUGAUCCAACAACCUCAGCCUGCCGUAUUGGCUUUUGCUGAGAGAUGCUUUGUAGCUUCAGUAUUUUAUUACACUGACAGCACCGAAGGAGAACACAUUUGAUACUUUGUUGGAUAUAAAAACAAUCACCAAAAAAACAAAAAUGUAACAAUUUAAAAUCUAUAGGUAACAAUAUAUUAUGUAUCACUAUAAAAAUGACACAGCAAAAUUAAAAUGUGUCUCAUAAUGAGGUACUGUGCACAGUAUAUUUAGGAGUCACUGCCAUAAAUCUUCGAUGUGCUUUCAA